UUUUCGGCGGAUGACGGACGAUGAUGAUGAUGGGCUCGAGGAUGUUGCGGGUUCUUGUCGUUGUUGGGGUGCUGCUGGUGUGCAGGACGGUGGUGGCGAGCGGAGCGCGAGCGACAUCGCUUGAUGAUGAUAGGGAUGGGGCGACCGCCCUUGAACCCUCAAGUAACAGGCAACAUGAUGGCUACUCAACGGCCGUGGCCAUGAGUCCCCUGGCCUUUGGUGCGCUCGAUACCGUGCAAACAGGACACACGAGGCACUUCUCCGUAUCUGCAAGUGUUGUGCCACAGGAGCCGGUACUUAUCAUGUUUGGCGUCAAAUCCUCGUCGAUAUUUACCUUGUCGCCAACGAACGUGACGCUGACCAACGAGACGCAGAGCGCUUUGGUGGCAAUCACGGGCCACCAUCGAGGCCAGAGCGACGUGGCUGUCACUGUCAUGUCUGUGGACCCACGCUUUGACAAUAUCACUGUGCCGAAGCUCUCGGGCCGGGUGGUUGCAUCCAGAGCACUCCUCACCAUCAACAAGGUGAUUGGGUGGGUGUACUUUGUUGCGUGGAGCGUAUCGUUCUACCCACAGGUCAUCGAGAACUACCGGCGCAAAUCAGUUGUUGGUCUCAACUUUGACUUUCUCGGCCUGAAUCUCACAGGAUUCCUUGGCUACAUGUUCUUCAACCUUGGCCUCUUCUACGUGCAAAGCAUCAAGGACCAAUAUGAACACAAGCAUCCAGGGUCAACCAACCCGGUGCAGCCGAACGAUGUGUUCUUCUCCAUCCACGCCGUUGUUCUCACCAUCGUCACCAUCGCGCAGUGCUUCGUCUAUGAGCGAGGCGGCCAGCGUGUGUCCAAGAUCUGCAUUGUUCUGCUGACGGGUGCGUGGCUGUUUGCCAUCAUCUCCGUUGGUCUUGCUGCUGGCGGCAUCAUUUCUUGGCUUCAGUUCCUCAACUUCUUCUCCUACAUCAAGCUUGGUGUCACCCUCAUCAAGUACAUUCCACAGGCAUACAUGAACUAUCGGCGCAAGAGCACGGAGGGGUGGUCGAUUGGCAACGUGCUGCUGGACUUCACUGGCGGGAGCUUCUCCAUCUUGCAAAUGUUCCUGCAAUCCUGGAACAAUAACGACUGGUCUGUUUUCUUCGGCGACCCCACAAAGUUUGGUCUUGGCCUCUUCUCUGUACUCUUUGACAUUCUGUUCAUGCUGCAGCACUACGUCUUCUACAGGAGCUCAUCCGGUCACUCUGUUCAAUACUACAGCAUCCUCGAGCAAUAAACAUGCAGCACCACACGCA